CUCACAUCAUCUCCAGCAAUGAGCACAUAGAAGAGACUUGAUUACACAGUGUAGCAGCAUACCCAUAGCCCACUAUCAGCACCAUGUCGACCUACGCAAUCUUCCCAAUGCACCCGGCGCCAGCGGCAUGGACGUUCACCCAGGGCUUCCUCGUCGGGCAGGCCGUCUUCCUGGCCCUGGCCCUCCUCUUCAUCCGCUAUGUCAUCUUCUCGCCGCUCGAAGCGCAAGACACGGAGGGGUGGCGGCGGAGGCGGGACGAGCGCGCCAAGAAAUCCCUCCUGUCCAACACGGCCGUGCCGCCCCCGCCCGCGUCCCUCCUCCUCAGCAAGACGGGCUACGAGAUGGCGACGCACCCGCCCGAGUCGACCGACUGGGUCAACGUGCUCCUGGCGCAAGUGCUCCAGGGGUACCGGAACGACCUGCUGUCCACCUCGGGCGAGGAGGGCGCGCGCCAGCAGUUCGAGCGCUGGCUCAACCCCCCCGGCCGGCAGCAGUCGUGGCUGGACCCGAUCCAGGUGACGGGCGUAAGCCUUGGCAGCAGCUUUCCCCUGCUGUCCAACGCUCGUAUCCGCCCCGCCGAUGGCCAGGGCCGUGUCCGCGCCGAGAUUGACAUCGACUACGCCGACACCGUCUCGCUCUCCAUCUCGACGGCGGUCGUCAUCAACUUCCCCCGCCCGCGCUUCGCCGUCCUCCCCGUGUCUAUUGGCGUCGAGCUGCAGACGUUUGGCGGCACGCUGAGUGUGGUUCUCCACGACCCCAAGGGUGACCGCCAGCACCUCCACAUCUGCCUCCUUCCCGACUUCCACCUCAACUUGAAGACUACGAGUUUGCUGGGCAGCAAGGCGAAGCUUCAGGAUAUCCCCAAGCUCGAGCAGCUCCUCGUGGACCGCUUCCGCCAGGCCAUCCAGGACCGCUACGUAUACCCCAAGCACAUUGCCCUCGGCCUCCCCCGCAUUAUCACUCCCAAGACGCCAAAGUCAUCGCCGGAGAUUGGCGUUCUGGACCUCCCCGCUCUGGCGGUGGACAACAUGGCGCGGUCGCUCGGCGGGCCAUCGGUCCCUCUGGCUCCAGGAGACAGCGCCAGCGUCAACGGCGACAGGCAUGCUGCCGACACUGCGUCGACCCAGUCGUCAGAUCACAGGCCACCAUCAGCCCAUCCGGAAGAGGACGACUCACCCCUCCACGCGCCGGUGCCACUCGGCCGGCCGCUGGGAUCGCAGCGCCAGACGUCGCUGGCGGGCGGCAAGUCGGUAGCGGCGUCGUCGACAUACGCUGCGUCAGCGCCCGCGCCGUCUAUAUCGGCGUCGUCGGCGGUGCGGCGCUUCCAGCAGCAGGGCGUCACGGCGCCGAGCGUUGGGAGCGUCAGCGGGCAUCAGUUCCCGCCACAAUUCCGGUACAGAGGGUUCGCGGCCCAGCAGCCCCACCUGAACGGGGGGGCGUCGUCCAUAGCUGAUCAACUAUCAGACGACUAG